CAACAGCAGCUGAAGAAGAAGGCGGAAGAAGAAGAAAAAAAAUGGAGAUGCUACACAUCGCCUGAAGCUAUACAAUAGCAGCCGAAAGUGAGCUAGCCAGCUGGCUGACUUGCCUCGUAUUUUAGCAUUAACUCAAUAAUUUAACUAGGUGAAUGUUUAACACUUUAAUCCCACAAGUUAAGCGUUUCUAUUUUUACAUUUAGUCGGUGAGUUUUUAAUUUUUUUUUAACUUGAGUGAGCUGAAUGUCAAACGGCUCUCUGCUCCCUACGCAAGUGCACUAGGUAGGGUAUGAAAUAACGGCUCGUGAACUCAGCGUAGUGCACUAGCUAUAAGAUAAGGAGUGAAUCGGGAUUCAGCCCGUGCUAGUGAGCGAUAGCUGGAUAUUGCAGCUCUGUGUGUGUGUGUUUUCCUCCUGCAGGAGUGAUGGAUAAGACAUUAAACAGCAGUGCACCAGUCGUCCAGGUGUGUUUCCCCAACGUGCGAGCACAAGUGCUGGACAACCUGAACCGUCAGCGAGAAGAAGGGCGACUGUGUGAUCUGUCUAUCCAGGUUCAGGGGCAGGUGUUCAGGGCACAUCGGUGUGUGCUGGCGGCUUCCUCGCCAUACUUUCAUGACCAGGUGCUGCUGAAGAACGUGAGCACGGUGUCUCUGCCAUCCGUCAUGGAUCCUCUGGCCUUCGAAAGUGUCCUCAACUCUGCCUACACAGGCCAGCUGAGCAUCGUGCGUGAUGACAUCGUCAACUAUGUCACGGUGGCCAGCUUUCUGCAGAUGUGGCACAUUGUAGACAAGUGCACAGAUAUCCUCAAGAGGUCACGACCUUUGACCCAGGCCAGCCCAGGUAUAGAGCCUGGCAACUCUAGGCAUCAAAGUCCCAGCAGUUCGGAUUGCUGUCUGACUGAAUCCGAGGAACAGAAGAAGCCCCUUGGAGUUGAAUGCGCUGCUCUUCCUCCUCUGGCCACCUGGAGGAGGCCGCAGCAGGUGCCCCAGCAGGGUAAAUGGGGCAAAUCCAGGCUGUUCCUACCACCCCAGCACCGAGCCGACUCUCCCCCGGCUGGGGAAGUAGAGCGGUCGUGUAGCCCCGAGGCUCCGAAUGAAAAACGCAACUGGAUGCGCUCUCGUCUUCGGGAGAGCAGGGAGGUGGACGAGGAGGACAGGAAGCGAGGAGAGAGGUGGAUGGAGGCAGAUGAAGGUGUAGGGGAGGAGUCAGAGUUGGAGGAGGAGGAGCGACGGGCCGGAGGCUGUGGCUCAGGGGCAACUCUUAAAAAGGAGGGCGAGAGAGGGGGAGUGAGAGAGGGUGCAGAGAGGGACAAAGAUCAGGAGGAAGGUUUUCUGCCAGCAGCUCAGGAUGCACAGGAAGUGCUCGCUGCUGCUCAGUGUCCUCUUUCUGCACGUGCUCAGUGGCAGCCGGCAGCUGAUUGGUCGACAGGUCCAUGCGCUCAGCCAGGAGGGAAGUUAAUUGAAGAUGCACAGAAGGAUGUAGAAGAAGUGGACUUUGGACGUUUCGCAGAGGGAGGAUUCGAGGGAGAGACGUAUGAUGAGAUUGAGGAUGGCACGGGACAAGUUUCCCAGAGGCCUUUGCUUCCUGUGUCACCUGGCAAUGCUGGGGGUGGAGUGGACUUUGUGCUCGGGCCUUCAGAGCUUCCGUGGACGUCAGGCGCACUCUCAUCUCCCUCCGUCCCUCCUUCCUCCUCUCCCGUGCCCUCCUCCUCAUCUCCGCCCUCCCUCACACCCUAUGCAGGCAAAGUGCACUUCUGCCACUGCGGUAAAGCCUUCACGCUGAAGAGCAUGCGAGAUCGUCAUGUCAAGAUGCAGCACCUGAACCUGCGGCCCUUUGCCUGCCCUGUCUGUGCCAAGAGUUUCAAGAUGAAGCACCACCUGACCAAGCACGUGAAGACACAUGGGGCUCUGCGGCCUUACGAGUGCAGUGUCUGCGGCAAGAAGAUCAUCUGGAGGGACAGUUUCCUCAAACACCAGGCUCGCUGCCAACACCUCGCCAACAGAUCGGCUUGCGCUGACAUCAACGAGGCAGAGUCAGGGCAGGACGAGCCGGAGUUGGAGUAUGAGGGUUACCCAAGUGAGGGACAGGUAAAGAUGGAGCAGGAGGGAGCUCCAUUGGAGCAUGUUCUGAAAGAGGAAGAUGGAGGCAGCUACACUUCAUAAACAGAUCAAGUGUUCUAAUCCUGUAGAUAUGAAGAAACAUCUUCAUGACUUGAACCACCACUGCAAGGCAACAUCAGCUGCUCCUCUUCUUCAAAUCUGCAUCAUCUUCAGACAAAUUAGAAAUCGUAGUUCCUUAAGGAACCUUAGAUAAUGUAGAUUUCUUGGAACUGCAUGGUGAUUUGAGUAUUAUAAUAUAAUUUAAUGCUGGAUCAGUGUUGGAGCUGAGAGGUUUCAGAACCACAGCCUUGAUUUAUAUAUAAAUGUUUCCUUAUUUUGCAUCUUUAUCAACUAGAUUCAUUAAGAUAACGAAAUAAUAGGUUAAAAAAUAGACAAACUUAAUUUAUUGUGUAGUUUAGGCUUUUCAGUUAAUUCAGAGUGCAACAUUCAUCGUCAGGGUUUUUAAGCAAAUCUGAACAAUCUGUGAAAUUUCGAUAGAUUUGGAAAAGUGUCCAAAAUAAGGAUCCAUUGUAUGCAGAUGCUUCCUGAUCUGCUGAUGCUUUGUGCGUUACAUUUCAAAUGAAUGCUUUUAAGAAUCUGGGGGGAAAUCUGUUGAUUUUAUUUCUUUUUAAUGAGGAAAGGAAGUCAUGUGGUGUGUCAUUUCUGUUUUCUCUCACCAUGAGGGAGUAAAUAGAACAUGCAAAUUAUCAAGGCAAGUCGAGUAGAGCUUUGUCAUCUCAGCCAGAUGAACAGACAGCAGGGCAUUCAGACACGCCAACAAUUGGGGGUUAUACACUUCAGCAAGCUCAGUUAUUAGACCAUCUGAUUAUUAUAAACACUAUACUACAGUGUACAAUUAAAUAAACUCAGUGUGAGCAUGACUGAAGAAGAAAACCUUCUUCCUUUUGUGGCCCAAUAUCAGUAAAGUGCUGCUUUGAAACAUCUGUGCAGAAUUAUUACCCAGUUCUGAGCUUUAUUAAACCUAAAUAAUCUUCGUGUUAUGAUUUUUAGUGUCUAUAGAAAUAUUUCCUUAAUUUUACAUGUAUAAGCCUGUAUGAGCAGAUCUACCUACCAUCCUACACAUUUUGAAUCGCAGCUCUGCAUGGUAAUGUUAGCGUAUACUAGUGCGAAAUAGCACUCAAAAAUAAAAAUACACCCAAAGAGUGAGCAGGCUUCUUUUUCUUGCCAAUAAAAUGACAGAUGAGCUGAUAACAUAUCAAUGCAGAAUGAUUGACGGUUGCAUAAGUGUUUCGAACUCUCCGAUAUUAAGUGAUACAGUAGAAGCCCCGCCCCCUUCCUCCGGGUCAUAUAGGUGCUCAUCUGCAUGUUACGGUAAACGGAGCUCAUAAAUAUGAUAAUCUAUUAAGUGUUGCUGACUUAGCUAACAAACACUUUAUAACAAAAUUAUAAUUAUUAGGGAAGCCACUGACAAUUUUUACGAGAUAGUGGCAUGUUUUUGGGCUGAAGGAGCAUUUAAUUAGGUGUACACUGGCAUCCCAAAGCUAACACGUCUUCAUUAGGAAGUGAACUCCCUAUACACAUUGGGUGAGAUUGAGUUAUUCCUUUUUAUGGUUGUCACGUCUGUAUAAGCUUUGCUAAAUGCUGUGUUACCCAGCACAAUACACAUUUUUACUACUUGUUAUCCUGAUUGGACUUUUUGUCACCUCUCAUCUGUAAUAAACAGAUUUCUGAAACAUGAAUCCAGGAGUCACAAUCUCAACUGGACAACCCAUGAAAACUCGAUAUAUCUUUCAGGGUCUGUAUCAUUGUUGGUCUCAUUUUGUGAAAGUAGUUGCUUAUUUAUGCACUGAUGAUUUUAGUAGCUCACAAAUGUGCAAGGAUGUGCAAGUCUGCUAAGGAAGUAAAUGCUGAAAAUUUUAUGGAAGAUUGGGCAAAGAUUGCAGUGCGAAAGAAAUAUAUGGAUUAUGUUUUUCAUCAAGAAUGAGUCAAGAUGGCGACUUAAGCAAAGAUUUUGGACCAGUUUGGGAUGUGACUUAGGUUCGGAACCCAAGAGGAACAACGUGCUGAUGGACAUCACUAUACAACUGUGUUCACAAUGCAACUGUGAGCAGAGAAUUAUUUUCAUGUUACUUUUAAAGUGUUGACUUUUUUCACAUUUUAUAUAAAGUUGCAGCAUUUUUUUUUGAAACUAUGAUUUGAAAAUUUUCAAGCUGAACCACCUAGAAAAAAAAACUGAAACCGGGCAUCAGCAUAAAAGAAUUAUGGAUGUUGGCUCCUUAUAUCUUCAUAAGAGCAGCAAAUCCCUGUCUGUGUGUUUUAACGAUGUAUCUCUGAACCCCAGCACACAGACUAUCACAUACAUAAACACACCGUUAUCAUGCUGAAGGUCCAGCAUUGGACCUUCACGGGCCAGAGUGUAAAUAAAGAAGUAUGAGACUGACUCUGUGGCCUGAAGUCACAGGUUAAGUCAGCAGUUUUCCAUACCAUUCCAGUCCAGAUAUAUUCACCUUCAUCAUGUCUUUUUCAGCAUUUUAAGAGUUUUGAUAUUUUAGUCAUAUCCAGUGCGCUGCAACCUCUUGGUAUCUAAGAAUGCAAGGAAACGGGGACAUCGAGAACAAAAGUAUUUGACAAAUGAGACUCUGACAUGAAAUGAGAUGAUUUAUAAAUGAUUGUUGCUAGAUUACCUGUCACUGAGCAUAACAAUUUUGCCUGUACACAUGACUGCUUGAUUGCACACUGAAUAAACAUCAACAAUCAUGAA